AUGGCUCAAGGAGAUCAAAAUGGACGAUGGAAAUUACCAACAGGCUCAUUUGGUCCAGAUGUAGACCCUUCUAUGGAAGCUCUGCUGAGAGCUACAGUACUACCUACAAUGAUUGUCCCCUCAAAGUCCACAGAGAAAUUCACAGAGAGGCACACCCCAAAAUCACAAGCAACUGAGUUCAAAGUCAAUCAUCAUUUACCAAUCUUGAUACAACUAUUGUUAGAUAAAUAUCCUGGCAUUCCAAGAUAUCCAAAAUCUUUGCAUCCAUCAGGUACAGUCCCUUCUGGUGCUGGCCCAAGCCAUCAAUCAACCUUACUCCCAGGCAUCAAAAACUUGGCAGUCUUAGGAUCAGAAAAACCUACACGUGAUCAAAGACCUUUAGAUCCUUUGAUUUUAAAGGAAUAUUUUUCCAAAUACUUGAUCCAUCUUCUUCAUCAAAUUCCAAACAUGAGUCUUGAUAUAAAUUCAGUUAAGGAUUGUAUACUACCUCAUGGUCUAAUGGUAAUCAAAUCCAUUUUGAAUACAACACGUAAAAGGAAAACACUCAUCAUCUUGACUCAAGUGACCAUGUAUCUCUUACAUCUUUCACCCAGAAACAAUCUACCAGGUCCAAAAGGAGAUAUCAAACCAGCAGUAUAUGAUGAUGUAUUAGAAUGGGUCAACAAAAUCUUACUACAUCCUGAUGUUGAUCAAUCUGAGAUUCCACUCAUGACUGGAUGUGAAAUGAAACACAAAAGAAUCAAUCAAGUCUUACAAAGUUCAUUAUCAGUUUAUUUAAAAGAUACAUCCAGCAAUUUUGAAACUAUGAAACAAAAGGAGAUGGAAUACACUCACACUUUUGGGGCAGCAUUAGUUGAUGAAUGGCUCAUUGGAUACUACACUGAAGUUUGGAGAAAGUUAGUCACAGUCACAAGAUAUGAAUUCAAACCUGAAAAUCUAUUGUACAAAGGCCUACUAAAGACUUCAGCACAACCAGAAAUUGAUCAAAAGAUGCCUCUUGAUCAGAUGAAAGCUAAACUUAGUCUUACCAUUCACAUUUGUGAACUGAUUGGUGAAGAUAGUAUAUCCAAAGAAUUUGAAUCUCUUACAAAUCUAUUAAUCAGUAUGAAUCUUGCUCCUCAACUUCUCCAGGAUAAAAAAAUCUUGAAACUUUUUGUUGAUUAUCAAGAAAAACUCAUUGAAACAGAAAAAGAGAAUUCUUCAUUAAAGAUCUUUCAAAUCUUAUCAAGUGAAAAGAUUAUGAAAGAAUUCAUACUGAAUGUAGAAAACAUAAUUUUAAAUGGUAAUCAUCAAUCAUUUAUAACACCUUGGUUACAAACAAGUUUAAAGAAAUAUUUAUUAAAUCAAGAUGAUCAAAUGCUUAAUCUUAAUAUUGAUGAAUCAAAGAUCUUAUCAUCUUCAAUUUUAACCAAUUUCUUUAAACAGAUCUCUGAAAUAACUGCACAAGAUCCAGGAUUGAAACCCAAGUUUCAAAAGAUUUUAGGAAAGAUGUCAUUCUAA